UUUAUUUUUUUUAUAAAAUUGCAAUGAUUUUUUUAAAAUUUUCCUAGUCUUAUUUAAAUAAAAUUGUUUGGAUAAAGUCAAUUUUCUAAUCAAAAUACCCAAUAAAUUUGAGAAAAAUAAAAACGCUUGACUUUAUCCAACAAAAAAUAUGCUUGUAUUACAACUCGCAAAGGCUGGAUACACUAAUUCUACAGGCGUUGAAUUAAACAGUUUAUUGGUUUUGUAUUCGCGUUGGAAAAGUUUUCGAGAAGGCACCAAAAAAGUGAAGUUUGUAAAAGCUGAUAUCUUCAAAACUUGUUUGGAAGAUUAUGACGUUGUUGUGCUGUUUGGAACUGAAACUAUUGUUCCCCAAGUUAGACCAAAAUUGCUGGAAAUGAAAGAUGGAGCAGGGCUGAUUUUAUGCCGUUUUCCCUUACAAUCUGAAGAAGAAUGUUGGAAAAUGAUUUCAACAGAAGGGAAAGGAAUCGAUCAAACAUGGCUUUAUAUUCGGAAAAAAUAUUUGUUAAAUUAACUGAUAAAGUUGUUACUUUUACAUAGAUUUUCUCAAAUAUCUUCGGAUAUUUCUUCAUUUCCCUAAUAGCGCAACAAUAAAUUUUCACCUUUUCUCAUUUUUCUAUUGUGUUUAUUCUCCUUUACAUAUUUUCUUUUCUAUUUUUUUUCUAUUUUUUAGACCCUUCCAUAAAUAAAAGAUUUUUCUCCAUCCAUUUCUCAACAUUCAUCUUGCCCUUUUCCUUCUACAAAUCAACUUCAUUUUUCGCCUUUUUCUAGCAUUGCUAUACACAAUCAAUAUUAUAUAGCUUCUCUGGUCGUCGUGUCAGUAAGGUUUUAUGUAUACAUUGCUAGUCAGCCCAUUUAUUCUGUCUUGUCUUUCGUCACAAGGCAACCAACAUAAAAACUCAAUGUGUAUUGACUAACCUGACAAAAUGGUACAUGACAAAAUGGUGAUAUUAACAAAAUGGUACUGGGACAAGACGGUUCCUUCCAACCCGGGUUCCUUAAAUGCCAUUCUGUCUCAUUACCAUUUUGCCCAAGUACCAUUUUGUCUAAAACCAUUUUGGACAUAAAUGUAGCAAUGUGUGUAUUAUUUACAUUCUUCUUCCUCUUCUCCAUCGGGUUUUCAUUUUUGCCUGCCUUCCUUCUCUCCACUUCUUUUUAGUUGUGUAAAAUAGCCUUCCUUCCCUACAAACUAACAUUUUCUUUUGCUUUCCACAUUUAAACAAAUAUAAGUAUUUUCACAAUUGUAUACAAUCCUCCCCAAAUAUAUUCCCUCUUUUUUCCCCCUCAACUUUCAUCUUCUUCAUUCCUUCCCCAUCUUUUCAAAAAAUACUUUCAUCGUCUCCCCACACAUUCACAUUCAUUUUUACCCAACCAAUCUGCUCAGGAAUAAAAAUAAAAUAUACACACACAUUCAUUCACCAUCUUCUCCUCUUAAAACGCUACAAAAACACUAUUUUUAUAUUUCUUUUAUUUCUCCCCCACACAAUUCUACAUUAUUCCCCCCAUUUUUUUCAUUUUCUCAACAACACAAUUUCUUCGAGAUUUGUAGUUUUUCCCUUCUCCUCGCAUUCUUUUCUAGUACAUUUUAUACUCUUUUCUCCUCUUUCCUUGAUCCACUUCUCUAUUUUUAUAUGAACUCUAAUAUAAGCCUGUAUAAGUUCUC